AUAACAAUGUUAAUAUAUUUAUAUGUAGCUCAAGCUACAAAGUAAGCAUUGACUAAGACUCUGUGUAAGUACGGUUUUCCAUUCUACGUUAAUUUCUUGUUGAUUGGUUCAAGAAAUUGUGCGGACGUCACAACUGAUUGCCGGCAGUGGGGCGGGCUGCUCUUGUCCCCUCUUUUUCGCUUUGCUGUUAAAGAAUUUUGUAAAAGCGACGACGCGUCAAUCAUUCUCUUAAACGGCCGAGCAUUACGCACUCUAUACUGCAUUUUUUUUAAAUUCUCUUUUACCACACACAUUAUAUAAAAAAUAGAACUUAAAUGGAUCACUUUCCUUCACAUUGGGGCAAACCUCGUGCCGAAAACACUGAUACCUACAACACAGUUCCUUUAUAUAAGAGUGUUCCCGACAACUUGACUGAAUCAGCAUACGGGCCUAUGACUAGAACUCAGCAACCUUUGGUUACUGGUACUUCGGUUCUCGCUUUCAAAUACAGAGACGGUAUUAUGAUGGCAGCGGAUAUGCUUGGCUCAUACGGCUCUUUGGCUCGCUUCCGUGAUAUCAAAAGAUUAUAUCCCGUUGGAGAACAUACAGUCGUGGGUGCUUCGGGUGAUAUUUCAGACUAUCAAUAUAUUCAACAUCUUUUAGAUUCAAUUAUGGUAAAGGAGCACUGUGCUGACGAUGGACAUGUUUUGGGUACUCCACACAUUUAUGAAUAUUUGUGGAGAGUUAUGUACAAUAGAAGAUCAAAGAUGAAUCCUCUUUGGAAUGCCUUGGUUGUCGGUGGUAUCAACAAAGGAGAAAAGUUCCUUGGCUACGUUGAUUUAAGGGGCACAACAUAUCAAUCUACAACCAUUGCCACUGGAUUCGGAGCACAUUUAGCACAGCCUAUUUUAAGAAGAAGAGUUGAAGGAAGAGAGGAUGAUUUAACAGAGGAAGAAGCAAUUGAGAUUAUGAAUGAAUGCUUACGUGUAUUGUUCUACAGAGAUGCUCGAUCUUUGAAUAAGUACCAAAGAGCAAAGAUUACAGAAAGCGGUUUAGAAAUCACCGAACCCUACUCAUUGGAUACUGAAUGGUCAUUUGCAGAAAAAAUUCGUGGUUAUGGUGCUUAAGACUGUGUGAGAAAAAGAAAGGAAUAGUAUAUGAUGCAACAAUAAACCAAACCGAACUAUAUUAAUCUAUGUGUUCACAGUAAUGCACACAAAGAAAUAUCUGAGCGAUACGAGUGUAUUUGAG